AUGGAUCUGCGGGAUGAGACGAAUGUACUGAUCAAUUCCUCACGGAUCGAUCUUCGACGUGACUCGAUAGAUCCAAUAAAUCGACAGAAUUUUAAAGUCUACAAGAAGAGGUGGUAUAUACUUUUCAUGUUUUUUCUAUGUUCUGCGUUGAAUGGUGCAAAAUGGAACACUUGGAGCCCGAUUCAGGGAACCUCACAAGUUGUCUUUGGCUGGAGCGAUGCGACCAUCACUUUACUUGUUGCGUGGGGUCCGAUUGUUUUCAUCGUUAUGUUUUUACCACUGUCAUGGCUAAUGGAUGCGAAAGGUAGAAAACACUUAUGUUUCAUUAUGUUGUAUGCUUCAAUUUAUAAUUAUCACUCUCUUAACGGACACCUCAAUAAGACUUACAUCUCUUUGAGAAGGACUCCACGAGUUAAUCCCAGCUGUUAACGAUCGAGUUAUUGUACUCUUAACUAAACUCUCCUUUCAAAAAAGAUAAGCAUCUCUCCGGGUAGACGGGCAAUGGACACUUUCGAAUCAUCAACACCCACUUGAAAAGUCCUUUUCUUAUAGAGGGAAACUUCUCAAUAGUAAAUUGGUGAUGCUGAAAUUGACAAAAAAUGGUUAUUUCAUCGGGGGGCAAAUUUAGAUUACAUAACAAAGUAAUGCAACUCCUUGUCUUAAAUUAGAUGUUGGCAGCUCGUAUCUUAUGAGGAGGUUCGUAAACAUAAUUCUGCUCCUCUUCAUAAAUUUUGUAAUUUUGUUCAGGCUUUCAGUUUAGUUAUGCCAAGGCAUAAGACUUCAGCAGUCUUAAAACUGAUAUUUUGGCAUAUAGGUAUAGCUUUAUCAAAGAACUACGUGGUGUCACGUUGAAUCGAUUGUACACAAGGUGUUUCUAGAUGGACAUUAGGGUUUGGUAUCUGGGUGUUCAUGCUGGAGAGAGUUGACCGUUUACAUCAUUUGAUGGUGCUAUUGUGCAUAAUUUAUGCUAGGUUGCUUAGAUAUAAUCGGCUAAAUCAGAUUGCGUGAUAAAUCACAUGAGUGACUUAUGACUAGUCAUGGACGUGUAACAUAUCUGUAAAUAGGUUAAGAAACAUGGUUAUAAAAAGAUUUGCCAUCUUUGAAAGCCUGUACAUGCAGGACACUUUAAUCACUUAUGCUAAUCCUAGAUGUAUGCAAGGAGCAUGCAGCCUUGAUUAUGGUAGAGUCUCUGUGGCUCAUUGGUAGAGGAUAGGAGCACAGAAUCCAUGGGCUGAGGUUGGAUUCCUCACUCAGAUUUUUUUCUCCAUCCCACACUCAUCAUAGACAAAAAAACAUCUUUGCCUAUGUAACAACAGUUCAAACUAUUUUUUUUCUCCAUUUCUCAAUUGUGUAUUUGGUUUAGAGUAAAAGUUUAAAGUCUUCAUGUUGAAAUAAUAUAUCAACCAAGCAUAUAUCAACUAUUAUUAUUAUCCACGACCUUCAGGUGUAAGAGCAUCAACACUCCUCUUGGGAGUUGUUAAUGUCAUAGGAGCAGUAUGUCAGGCUAUUCCGUUGGAUAACCUGCAAAUUCAGACCUGGUUAACUCACACUGGGGUUGCCUUCAACAGCAUUGGAGGACCAAUUGCUAUGGCAUCAGGUCCAAUAAUAUCUGCUGCCUGGUUUCCUCCACACCAGCGCACAACGUCAACUGCAUUAGCAUCACUAGCUCCAUAUAUUGGUUCUGGGCUUUCCUUUAUCAUUGGGCCCCUGUUAGUUCCAGAUGUAGGAAAUCAAAGCAGCUCAAUUGGUAAAAGCAUUGACUAUAUCAAAUUGCGAAACAACAUGACUCAUGAACAGAUAAUGUAUCUCAAGGGGAAAAUUAUGCAACUAAUGUACAUUGAAUUGGGGGCAGCAGCAUUGACUUUGCUUCUAGUUGUGGUGUAUUUUCCAAGCAAACCUAAACUGCCACCCAGUUUAACAGCAGCAGUCAAUCGUUUGGAUUUUAAAGAUGGUUUCAGACGACUCAUGAAAAAUAAACAGUUUUGGCUUUUGCUGUUUAUAAAUGGGGCAACUAUAGGUGUUUAUGUAGGCUGGGUGUCUAUAUUAGACUUAAAUCUGUCACAGUUUGGUAUUGGAGAAAAAUCUGCUGGUUGGCUGGGAUUUGGUGCUUCAAUGGCUGGAAUAGUGUCAGGAAUUUCUCUAUCCAUGUAAGCAUCCAUGUUAUUUACAACAUCUAAAUAUUCACUUUACUUUUUCUCUUUUAUUUCAAAUUUAGUAUGAUAGAAAUAAAAAUAAUAAUGGUAAUAAUAGCUAGUUAUAUCAUUAUACCACACCGGUUAAGAGUGCUCUUUAACAUGCAAUGAUUGCCUGGUUCAGAACUGAAUAGCAAGUACUAUUCACCUGUCAAGAGUUUGAUUUCUGACCAUUUUUUGAUAUUUCAAGAGAAAUCAGUAAACUAACUUUUUUUGUAUCUGUGUGGUAUUUGCUAAAACAAAUACUCACCUCAGUGUCAGUGUAAGUGGUCAGUGGGUAGUUACCUCACUGCUUCAUGGCUCGGUAAAUAUCUAACACUAUUCACUCCCCACUUUGGCAAAUAAUUGUUAAUUAUAGUAGUUGUAAAAGUAACAUUUUAAAAUGAAGGUUUGAUUUUUGCUAGCCCGAGCUGAAUAUGUAGCAUAUCCAUUUGUGAUACCAUGUUUUAAAAAUUUUUUUUUAUAGGUGUCUUAAAUUUAUGAGUGGAAAUUAAUCAAAAACUAUCAAAACUUCUGUGAGUUAAUUUAGGAGAUCAAAGUACUGUUGCCAAGAAAGAUGGGAAAUGACUAAGUAAAGCAAUGUUAGAACGGGGAAAACUUAAUUUUAGUUUUAAAAACUUCCAGUUGAUCCACGCCAGGCAGUUAGGCAGAGAUAGCAGGUUAAAAACUGAAAUGGUAUCCUUUCAUUUUCCCGCAGACUUGCAGACCACGUAUCCAGGCACAUGAAAGUAAUACAGUUUGUCCUCUUGCUUGGUUGUACAGUAUCAUUUGCUCUAUUUACGUUAAUAUGUGCAAAAAUCAUCCCUUACAACAAGGUUGUACUUUACUUAACCUUCAUCAUUGGAGGAUUCUUUGCAAAUGGAACUGUGCCCAUGUUUUUUGAGAUGGCAGUGGAGACUGCAUACCCUGUUGCUGAAGGAAUCACAUCUGGCUUCUUAACAGUGUCUUGCAAUUUUCUCCAGUUAAUAUUUUACAUAUUUCCAUUGCUGCCAAAUUUUGGACUAAGGUGGAUUAAUUGGUGUACAUUUGUGACUUAUGCUGUUUGUAUUCCAUUGCUUGCAUUGUGGAAAGAGAGAUACUAUCGAUCUGAAGUAGAUGAUCAAGGGAAAACAGAGGGAAAUGAUUCUAACAUAAACUAGACUAAAAGAAAUCCUGCCUUUUUAGCCAAAGUCAAAAAAAUCUUUAAAAAUAAUUUGAUGUUUAAGCACCGCAUGGAAAUCUAGGAGUAAGGCAACAUGCAUUAGUAUCAAUUUUUUUCACUGUUUUUUUUUUUUUUAAACUCAUGCAACAGACUCCUCCAAGAAGGAGGGACUGCUUGUAGUCUAAACAUGAACAUUAUUUUUUAAUAAGCUAGUGUCAUUAGAGGAAGUGCUGGUAUGUGAAAGGUCAUCUGUGAUUCUAGCUUUUAGUUUAAUUGUAGAGAGACAGGGGUAUUCUUUUUGUUUAAUUUAUUGUCUGAACACUUUCUACUUCUUGAUUAACUCAUGGGCACAAAGUACAAAGUAGGAAAAUGAAGGGAAUGACUUACAUAUUAAAUACAAAUACAAAAAAUCAAUAUAUUUCCAAUCAAUGAUGAAGAUUUUACAGAUCCUACAUUUCAGAGCUAUUUACACUUUUCUAAACAUAGCUAGUUAAGCCUGGUAAACCUAGCUAGUACAACUCUCUAUAAUGGAAAGAUACACAUACAGAC